CUACAACGUCGACGGACUCCGUGAGGUGUGCAAGAUCGAGGCCCACGACUCGGAAGUGCUCUGCUUGGAAUACUCUCGCGAGAACAGCACCGCUCCCAUCGGAGGUGACGUCGUCAACAACAACAACGUGAACAACAAGACGGGCGUCAACAACGGCAGCCAGGGCACGGGGCGUCUGCUGGCGUCCGGCAGCCGGGACCGCUUUGUGCACGUGUUCGACGUGGAGCGGGAGUACCAGUUCCAGCAGACGCUGGACGACCACUCGUCGUCCAUCACGGCAGUGCGCUUCGUGCAGGGCCCCGGCAGCCAGCUCCAGAUGAUCUCGUGCGGCGCGGACAAGUCCAUCAUCUUCCGCAAGGCGCAACUGCAGGGUUCCCAGCUGACGUUCACGCGCAAGCACCACGUGGUGGGCAAGACGACGCUGUACGACAUGGAGGUGGACGGUCCCCAGGAGUAUGUGCUGGCGGCCUGUCAGGACCGCAACGUGCGUGUCUACUCGGUGGCCUCUGGCAAGAACACCCGCUGCUUCAGGGGGGCCCAAGGAGAGGACGGCACCCUCAUCAAGGUGGUCCUGGACUCGACGGGCACCUACCUGGCGACCAGCUGUACGGACAAGAGCCUGUACGUGUACGAGUACGGGUCGGGGGAGUGCGUGGCCUCCAUGUUCGGCCACUCGGAGCUCGUCACGGGCCUCAAGUUCACCGAGGACGGCAGGCACCUCAUCUCCGUGUCGGGAGACGGGUGCAUCUUCAUGUGGCGGCUGCCCGAGAACGUGACACAAGCCAUAGUGAGCCGGCGGACCGGGGUGCCUCUUCCGACGAGCUGGCAAGAAGCGAGGAAGAGUGCCAUCGCCGUGACCAAGCCCCUUCCGGCCGCAGACAAGGAGGAAGUAGAGUCCGCCCUUCCACCCCCUCUGGCAUCGCGGGUGGAUGCCAAGGAAGAUCAUGGGGAGCGGUCACCCGAAUACAAGUUCAGCAUGGGCCCACUGCCCAUGUGGGCCAAGAGACAGAUGAUGGAGAUGAACAACAACGGCCCCCCCAACAGCUCGGCGGCCAAUCAGAACGGCCAGCCGCCCGUGCCGCAGCCCAGAGGCCGUUGGGCGCAGCGCAUUGAUGCGGCGAGGUCCAUCUUCGAAGGUGGCGACCGCACAUCGUCCUUUACGGCAUCCGUCAACGGCAAGGGCGACUCCCCCACCAAACGGGAGGCGGGUAACGCAGACGACGACUUUGAGGUGUGUCCCAAAAGCUUGCAGGAGAUUGAACAGCCCUCUCUGUCUCUGCACAAGCUGCCUUCAGGACGCGUCACCCAGAGGGGUACAGGCGACCGCAACCGCUGCCCAACGGACUCGAGCAGCGCGGCGAGCAGCACGAGGAUGGAGGACGGGGAUGCGGAGGACGAGCACUCGGACACGGAGGGCUCCGAGAUGGUCUUCUAUCCGCACUCCGAGGAGGGCUCCGAAGGGGGCGACUCAGCAUUCCAAGUGCGGGCCACGACCGAAGUGGACCUCAAGGAGGCCCGGAGGCGACUUCACCGGGUGCGGCCAGACAGGCCUGACAGGCCGGCCAGGGACCCCCCUUCACUCUACAGCAGCGUCACGGACUUCGCGAGUGAGCUGAACAGCGACGAGGAGGACUCAAGCACGGCGGCAGAGGGAGAGCCCGGCGUUCCGCGACCUCUGGGCGGCUCAAUGUGCGUGAGCACGGACAACCUGGACAAGCUAGGCCAGAGGGAGAAGUUCAUGAAGAGCAACUACGAGAGCCUGGACCACUCCGGAAUGGAGUCCGGCCUGGAUUCCACGCUGACCCCCGUGGCUGCCCUGCGCAGCUCCAUCUCGGCCAAGUACCUCCACUCGAGGGGCAGCACGCCUGCAGCUGGGCUAUCCUCGCCCGCUUGGGCCAACAAGACCUCCGGGAGCAAGUCCGAUCAAGAGAUCGGCAACCAGAACCGCUCCAAGCGACGGGAAGAACUGACGCAGGCCUUGAAUCAGGCACGGCAGAAGCUUAAUGCGAUCGGUUCCGACAGCGAGCUGGGCUGGCGUAGCAACCUGAGCACGAGCAAGAGCAUCGGGGACCUGCACAGCCUGAAGGACGGGGACUCGUUUGAGCGCAGCUUCUCGGAACUCAAGUCAAGGGACGACUCCAUCCGGCGCACCUCCUCCAUGACCGACAUCAGCUUCUCGUCCAGGCGCCGCCUCCUCCCCACCUUCCCCAACAGCCCCGGUGGCAGCGGCACGGGCACCGAGCCCUCGGCGGGCCUCUGGGCCCAGGCCAAGCCCCAGGCGCCUCCCGCACCCUCUUCGCCGCUGCACCACUCGCCGGCACCCGUGACGAGCACGCCGGCGCGCCUGAGCGUCCCGCUGCGCCCGUCCUCCUCUUCGAACAUGUCCCGCAGCGCCAGCAUGGGGUCUCUGCAUUUCCCGGACCAGUACUCCCCCGGCAGCGGCCCCCCUGCCCCGAGCCCCCUGGCCAGGGCGCCCUCCGCCCAGCUGUUGACGGGCAGAGGCUCCUCGGCGCUGGCCAAGGUCCGGUCGACUUCGGCCCUGGGGAGGUACCCGCCUGGGGGACAGCUGCCCCUGCUGGCGCAGAAUUCGGACGACUCGUCCUCUUCGGACGUGGAUCAGGUGGAGCCCAGCCGGGCGCGGGUGUCGCUCAGCCGCUCCUUCGCCUCCAAGGACCGCUCUCCCGGGGAGUCGUCGUUCCUGCGCUCCCGCAACACCCCCCACGAGGGUCCCCGGGCCAUGGUGGAGCCCAUGGUGCUGCACAACGGCGGCAGGGGCGCGCCGCAGCAGGACUCGGACGGCUCCCGCGGCUUCUCCGGCGGGGCGCCGCAGCAGCAGGCGCUGCCGGGCAACCCCCUGCACGUCCCGCUCACCCGAGACCUCUGCGACCGGGUGGCCGAUGAGCUGGCCAAGGUCACGCGCUACGCCAUCCAGAUUUUUCAGAGGGUGACGAUGGACAUGGAGCUCUCACCGGCAGACAAGUCUGCCAUGACCAACACCCUGGCCCAGGGGGUGGUGCAGGCGCAGCAGAACCUCAGGCCCGCCGCUCCGCCCAUGCCAGCCUGGGGUGGGAGCGGCCCAGCCUCGGUGCCCCCUCCCCUGCCCACGGCUCCCCCUCCCAGCCUGGGCGACGUGGGCUCCCCGGGCGCCGCGGUGCCCGCCGUGUUCCAGCGCUACCCCGCAGCGGGGAGGUUCGUCAACAACGGUGCCGCGGCGGCUGCGUUGCAGGUGCCCUCUCCGGCAGACAUGUUCCAGCAGCAGAUGCAUCCUCUGGGCCGCAAGGGAGACCAGAUGUCGCAGUCGAGCUCAGACCUCAACGCCUUGCUGCAGCAGUACUCGGAGCAGCUGAUGAAGAUGGUCAAGGAGCAGAUCAACCAAGCCAAGACGACGGACAAGUCGGACGGACAGUGACGCGCGUCUGUCGAACAUUCCGAAAUCCGGGUCGUCCUCGUUUUCCGGGCACCCGCUCCGAUUUGCCCGCAUCCGGUUUUCGGCGGACCGCCAGAACUAUGACCUUCCUGGUCGAGAGAUUCGUUGCAAAGCUCACGCAUUUUUAUAGUUGUAGGCUUAAACUAUGGAGCUCGGAGCGCGUCUCCGCUCCGGUCGGAGACUUGCUCCUAAGCUGCAGUGAAAACUUUGCAAAUAGCUAACCCUCCAGCGUGGCGACGACAUAACUACGCUUUCCACGGCGCAUGGAAGGUCUAAUGUUAGUUUUGUUCCGGAUUCUAAACGCGCAGCGUCGGCGAGCUUUUUAGACUCUCGCGACGUGCCAGGAACCGCUUCCGCCACCGGUGCCUUUGCCGUUCUUUUGACGCGCGUCGACGUUCACCUUGUUCUGUAAAUAACCGGUGGUUCACUUUGCGUCUCGCGGAGACCCGCGCCGUCUUUUUGGCGGGGCUUCAGAGUUUCGGCAGGCGCAGAGAUUGCAGCAUUCCGAGGGAGCGCGGUCCGGUGAUGUUUUUUGGGGGAAUUCGCACCCGUUUGCGGCGUUUCGUCCAGCAUUGUACAUACGAUACACACACUUUGUCGUUUUAGAGCAAAGACUGUAGUAUAGCGUUUUUUUCCCCGCGUGCCGUUGUGUUUUAACAAAGAGGGUCCGCAAGCUCACCAGCCAAAGUGCACUUCUUUCCACCCUUAUGCUAACGGGCUUCGUAUUUAUAUAACGUAGGGUGAGGGUGCCAAACGUCGAAGUUGUUGUCUGCCGCGAGUUUAGAGGAAGUGAAAAAUUUCAGGGGGGGGGCUUCUAGAAACGCGGCGCUAGACUGUUUCUCGUAACCUUUAUUACGAAACCUUUUUUUUUUCUUCCCCCCAAGUCUUCCCUAGGCCUCUUCUACUAAUUGGGGUACUCAGGUGCCAAAUCAAGUGCUCAGUCUUCGAAACAACGAACGGAGCAUGGAAUUACUUCUCGGAGACGUUUUUCUGGAUCGUCAUUCCUCGUCCGUGUGCAUGUUAAUUCUUUUGGGAGAAUUACCACAUUCCUUUUUUUUUUU